AGGCGGCUUUUUCCCGCGUAAUGGACUUCGUGGACAAUCUAUCCGUUGUAAUGCUGCGUCUGUACACCACUGAGCAGCCUCCCAGCGUGUGGGGAGGGGUGGAUCGGCCCGUGAUA